GGGGUUUCCGUUUUGUUGCGGUGUGAGGGAAUCGGGCAGGGCCUUGUGCCCCGGCCUGGGGUUUUCCUGUCCCCGGCGCUGAGCUGGGCCCGCGGGGAGCCCCUACAGCAGGGCCGUGGCGUGCCGCUGUGGGGGUGGAGCGGGGGGAGGAGCCCGGUGCUGUACUGUGGGCUCCGGGUGGUAAAAGGGGAAAAAAUGGUGUGAGGAGCUCUUGCCAGCUGGGGGCCCGGCUUGUGGCUGGUCUGAGGCUUCUCGGCCGCCCGUCGCAAUGUUUGAUUGCCAAAAGCCCUAUGCGCUUUGCUCACCUUAACGCACCAGCGGGUGGGCUGGAGGAGAAGUUCUCGUUGGGUUUUCCAAACGGGGGUCUGUGGAAGUGCUGCAGCCUGUUGGUGUUGAACGUCGGAUUCCUGUUAUCGUGGUCAGAGACGCGUGAGCUUCUAUCGAUAGCAAGGAGGUGGUAAUGACAGCUUAUUAGAAAGGAGGCUAUGCAUAACUGCAGGUUUGGUUGUUCCCAGGUGUGAUAUUUUUUGCCCGGGGAGCUAUGCUUUCAAACUGCUUCGUGGUGUAAUAUCUAUGGGGCUGGCCUCUGUAGUGAGAGGCUGGUUAGGCUUUGCUCUGUUCUCCAGACUGGGGAAAAAAACCUCCUGUUGUUAAGGCUUUUCCUUUUUUUUUUUUUUUUUAACAGAACAAGGUUGCUGUUCAGACUUUCUUGUGCUUUAUCACAGUGUUGGAGAUUGAGUUGCGUGGUAUAUGAGUACAUCUUUUGCGAUGUUUAUUCAAAGGGAUAGCUUUAAAACUUAAGGGUUUGCAAACUCUUGUGACUUAGAGGGGAAUGAGAAUGUAACUAAAGGGGGGUGGUUGAAGUUGCCAGACUCUCCUCCCCACCCUGCUUCAUUUGCUUAACACUGUUAUGAUAAAAGAUAGUAUUAACUGUAAAUCCCCUUGAAAAAGGGGAAGGGGGAGGCUCUCAGUUGAGGUGGCUUAAAUUUCACUUAAGUGUGUUCUUUGGGUUAUCUUUGUUGGGAUGUUUAAUAGGAUAACUUGGUAGUUGUGUGGUUCAGACUUGGACUACACCAACAGUCAUUAAAAUGAGCAAGAGGGAGGAUUCAGUCCUCUUUACGGAGGAAUCUGGUCAUGUGUAGUAUAAUCUUGGAGAAGAGUUUGUCAGCUUUCCUGAGAUCCUCUUUGACCAUAAUAAUAAAAAAACCCACAAUUGAAAAAACAAGGGAUCAGACAGGAAUCACUAAUUUAUUGCGUGCUGAGUGUUCUGUCUGGUGAAAGUCAUGUCAUCCAUAUUGCCAUUCACUCCACCAGUUGUGAAGAGACUUCUGGGGUGGAAAAAAUCUGCUGGUGGCUCUGGAGGGGCUGGUGGUGGUGAGCAGAAUGGUCAGGAGGAAAAGUGGUGUGAAAAAGCAGUGAAAAGCUUGGUCAAGAAGCUAAAGAAAACAGGACAGCUGGAUGAGCUUGAGAAGGCAAUUACCACUCAGAACUGCAAUACAAAAUGUGUGACGAUACCAAGCACUUGCUCUGAAAUUUGGGGACUGAGUACACCAAACACGAUAGAUCAGUGGGAUACAACAGGCCUUUACAGCUUCUCUGAACAAACCAGAUCUCUCGAUGGCCGACUACAGGUAUCUCAUCGUAAAGGAUUACCACAUGUUAUUUACUGUCGUUUGUGGCGCUGGCCAGAUCUUCACAGUCACCAUGAACUUAAAGCAAUUGAAAACUGCGAAUAUGCUUUUAAUCUUAAAAAGGAUGAAGUAUGUGUAAACCCUUACCACUACCAGAGAGUGGAGACACCAGUCUUGCCUCCUGUACUAGUGCCACGGCACACUGAGAUUCUAACAGAGCUUCCGCCUCUUGAUGACUAUACCCAUUCCAUUCCUGAAAACACUAACUUUCCAGCUGGAAUUGAACCACAGAGCAAUUACAUACCAGAAACCCCACCUCCAGGAUACAUCAGUGAAGAUGGAGAAACAAGUGACCAGCAGUUGAACCAAAGCAUGGAUACAGGAUCUCCAGCAGAGCUGUCUCCUAGUACUCUCUCCCCAGUUAAUCAUAGCCUGGACUUGCAACCAGUUACUUAUUCAGAGCCUGCGUUCUGGUGUUCAAUAGCAUAUUAUGAAUUGAAUCAAAGAGUGGGAGAAACCUUCCAUGCAUCACAGCCUUCUCUGACUGUAGAUGGUUUUACAGAUCCAUCAAAUUCAGAACGAUUUUGUCUAGGUCUGCUUUCCAAUGUAAACAGAAAUGCUACAGUGGAAAUGACAAGGCGACACAUAGGAAGGGGAGUACGCCUCUAUUACAUUGGUGGAGAAGUUUUUGCUGAGUGCCUAAGUGAUAGCGCAAUUUUUGUUCAGAGCCCGAACUGUAAUCAGAGAUAUGGCUGGCAUCCUGCAACUGUGUGUAAAAUUCCACCAGGAUGCAAUCUAAAAAUCUUCAAUAAUCAAGAAUUUGCUGCUCUUCUGGCUCAAUCUGUGAAUCAGGGUUUUGAAGCAGUUUAUCAGCUUACUAGAAUGUGUACUAUAAGAAUGAGUUUUGUUAAAGGAUGGGGAGCUGAAUACAGGCGGCAAACAGUAACAAGCACUCCUUGCUGGAUUGAACUUCAUCUGAACGGACCUCUACAAUGGUUGGACAAAGUAUUGACUCAGAUGGGCUCCCCUUCAGUACGCUGUUCCAGCAUGUCAUAAAAUUCCUUUCUCCAUUAUCAGUGGGAUAAAUAGAGUCCAAUCAACAGACUUAAUAUAACAGCUCCUCUGUCAUAGUAUUUGUGUGUGGUCCCCAUGAACUGUUUACUAUCCAAAAAGUUUAAAAAAAAAAAAACAGCAAAACAGCACUUGAGGUCUCAUCAGUUAAAGCACCUUGGUGAUUCUGUUUCCUAUACUCUAAUACUAGAUGAAAACUUAGUGUAUAGAAAUGCCUUCUUCAGAAAGGAGGGACAAUUCUAAAGACUCUUAAUAGUGUUUUUAUUGGGUAUGUAAUUGAGUGUCCUAAUGGUUUAUCAAUAACAUGAAUAACGAAGUAUAUGUACAGGUAAUGUAUCAUGAUCUCAGAUAUCAGCAUUGUGCUGUUCUACAUUUUAGUUCCCAUAAAUAGAUGUUUGAUUUGUUUUUUGAUUGGGGCAAGUCUCUCAAAAUUCCAAGACUCUGCUCCUUUAUUAUUUUGUAUUUUUUAUACAAGCAGGUUUUUGAGUUGUCCUAAACAUAAAAAGCAGACUUUCCUUGUAGAAAAGCUUAACUUUUUGCUGCCUUCUUAAAGAAAGGAAAUCCCUCCAUUAGAAGGGGAAGAAAUGUCUGAGAUUUAUCUGUGAAAUCUUAAGACACUUGAUAUGUUUAAUGGGGCCUAAAAUAAAUUCAUACUAUAAAUUCCAAGUAUCCGUCACACUAGGAGUUUACUUUUCCCUACCUAUCGGAGUUGAUGCAUCUGUUGCCAGCAUUAUUGCUGGCACUGAUUUAUCUGGGACUCUUUUGUAUGUUGAAUCAUUGAAAUAUUUUUUUCUCAUGGAGUGAGAACUUACCAUAUUAUUGGAUACUGGAUUAAAAUAUACAAAGCUAUUGGCUUACCCCUUACAUCUGUAUGUUUUCAUUAAACAGAUGUCACUGAAAAAAAUCUUGGUUUUAGUUUUUAGAGCAAAUACCUUAAAAUCCUCUUCCAGGGUAAGCUAGACCCUUUCAUAUAGGUUUUAAAUAGAUGCAGCUUCUUAACAUAUUUCAGUAACACAACUUAAAUUUCUGAUCUGAGUGGCUUUGUAUUGCUUGCUUACAUACCAGAUCAUAUACAUCCAUUAUGUCAUAAUGGGCCUUGUUAAUAAAAGUAGUUGCUUCUGCAAAACCUCUAGGAUAAUGGUUGCUGAGGUAUGAGCAGCGAAGGAGGACUUCUAGGUUCUUCGUGACAGUGCAUGUUAUUGUGAACCCUUGGACACUACAGCUGCAUCAUAUAAAAAAUAUUCUGAAACAUAUUCUACAAAUAAGUCUGGGUUGGGGAAGGGUUGGGAAACUGCAUAGAAGGGUUAUUCUGACUUGAAAAAUAUACAUCUUACUAACAAUCUUGUGAUCUAGCUGUCUGUCAUUCUUUCAUUAUUGUGGCAGUAGCAGGAUUGCCUUUGUCUGUUUUUUUUCCCAUUGUUUCAUCCAUUACACUAGUACUGUACUUUGUAAGUACAGCUAGUGAUAACUUAGCUUUGAGAACAAAAAUGUGGCCAGUGUUACAGCUUUUAAUCAGUUGACUGAAUUGAUGAUAGCGAUGGAUAUUUUUAUGCCAUAAUGACUGGGGCAUAGAAGCAAUACCAAAAAUCAAGCCUUGAAAAAGUGGGCCAGACACCUUUUAAAAAUUGGCAAAGCAGUUACCAGUUUGUGAUAAUUUUACCAGUAGAUUAAUGUAUUGGUAGAACUUGUGAACCUAAGAAAUAAGCUUCAUGCGUGUUGCAUUUGCCUAAUAUGUGAAUACACUAAUAAAAGUUUUAAUUCUCA